AUGAAGUUUACCUACGCCGUCGCCGGCCUGGUUGCGACCGCGCACGCCUUCAGCCCCGCUGACAGCUCUGCCAAGGAGCCUGAGACCCAGGAACACAGGAUCCCGACUACCUUCGAAUCUGCUGUCAUCGCCCGUCGUGUUCUCGCCCUCACCAAGCUCGCUACGAUGUCGACCAUCUUCCCGGACAAGCACUCCAAUGGCAAGGUCAACGAGGCCGAGUUGGGACUCGAGGGUCUCCCCAUUGGCAUGAUGGACUACGUCGCCGACUGCGAGGAGGAGGGCGACCCUACGAUCCUCGAGAUCAAGAUCGCCACGACAUUUAAGAAUGCCCGCGCCGGGUCCAACCUUACGGUGUCCAUGAACUGGGUUCCUCCCUACCCUCCGUCGAGGCGCAUGGCUUUCCUCUCACGCCUGUCGGCCUACAUUCCGUUCCUCUCGAGUUCCGAGUAUAACACUCCGCAAUCGAACACGCCCGACACGGUGCCAUACUCGGCAGCCAACCUUCCGCGCUUCUCGCUCAUCGGUUAUCUCGAGGACAUCACUCCCGACCCCGUCUCGGCCGUGAAGCUUGCCGCCUGCUUCACCUUCAAGCACCCCGAUGCCAAGUACUGGCUCCCGGGCAACGCCAUCCACCAGAGCCAGUGGUCACGACUGGUUGUGACCAAGGUCUACUUCGUAGGCGGCUUUGGGGACAGGGCAUACAUUGGCUGGAUUCCAAUCGAGGAAUGGAAGUCUGUGACGAGGAGCGAUUGGGAGGCGAUUAAGCUGCCCGGUGAGGAGAAGGGCUGGAGCGAGUGGACGGUUAAUCAGGCGGGGGACCUCUGA